GGUUCAUAGCACUCGUGUCUUAUUGUUUUUUUUUCCUGUAUUAACAAAAAAGAAAAGCCUACACAUAGAGAAAGGAAACAGCGCUACUGAGGAGGAGAAGAGGCGAGCAUUAGCAACGAAGGUCUGCUUCCAUCGCUAGGGUAAUAAUAUAACCCAGUAAUGAAGUAAAUAAGGCGUGUUCCUUGUAUAGGCGUUGAAUCUGGGUUUGCCAUAUCUUAGUGUUUUGUUUUACAAGAUAAAUGGCUGGAUUGUUGCCCGGAGAAUCCUCACAUCACGUGGGGUCAGAUAGUGGCCUUUCUAGAAAUUCUCUAGAGAAGCCAGAGGAGGUUGCGCGCUGGUAUUUUACAAGGAGAGAAAUAGAAGAAAGUUCGCCUUCCAGGAGGGACGGCAUUGACUUGAAGAAGGAAACAUAUUUUCGCAAGUCAUACUGCACCUUUUUGCAGGACUUAGGCAUGAGGCUCAAAGUACCCCAGUUAACAAUAGCCUCGGCGAUAAUAUUUUGUCACCGGUUUUUCAUUCGGCAAUCACAUGCCAGGAAUGAUAGAAGGACAAUUGCAACUGUUUGUAUGUUCCUUGCUGGGAAGGUUGAAGAGACUCCUCGGCCACUGAAGGAUGUAAUUAUCGUAUCUUACGAGAUAGUACAUAAGAAAGAUCCUGUUGCAGCUCAAAGGAUCAAACAGAAGGAAGUAUAUGAGCAACAGAAAGAGCUUAUCUUACUUGGGGAGAGGGUUGUACUGGCCACUUUGGGUUUUGAUCUCAAUGUUCAUCAUCCGUAUAAACCCCUUGUUGAAGCAAUAAAGAAGUUCAAUGUUGCAAAGAAUGCUCUUGCUCAAGUUGCCUGGAAUUUUGUUAAUGAUGGGCUGAGGACGUCGCUCUGCCUGCAAUUUAAGCCCCAUCACAUUGCCGCAGGUGCAAUUUUCCUGGCAGCCAAAUUUCUCAAAGUGAAGCUUCCAUCAGAUGGUGAGAAGGUGUGGUGGCAAGAAUUUGAUGUUACUCCUCGCCAGUUGGAGGUUCUGUCCAACCAAAUGCUGGAACUAUAUGAGCAAAACCGACAGCCCCAAUCUCAGGGAAGUGAAGUGGAAGGAGCUGCUAGUGAUGGAGCUCAUCGUGCCACUAUGAGAAGUACUGCUGCAAGUGAAGAACAGGCUUCAAGGCAAAUAUCUUCACGCGCUGCACCUGAACAUUCAUGUGUUGACAAUCAUGUGGGUUCAUCAGGAGCCAUCCAAAUUCAAAACAACGAUAAUGGGAGUGGGGAGACAGGUAGUGUGGUUACUGACCACAAAAUGGAGAUAGACACUAAAGAUAAUCAGCAUCCUGAACAGGUGGCCCAUAAGGAGAAUAUUAGAGAAGGUUACAAUAAAUCUAAGCAUGGAUUGGAGCGAACUGGGGGAGAAGACCAAGAAGGGACUGUAGGAAGAAAUGAAACUACAGAAGCAAUAGAGUGGAGGGAUGAUGGUGCACCUCGUAAAUCUAGCAGCAGCAUUGUUGGUCGAAAUGUGGAUAUUCGGGAUGGCCCAGUUGGUCAGUCCCCGAAGGAAGCGAUAAAAAUGAUUGACAAAGAUAAGGUAAAGGCUGCACUUGAGAAAAGGAGGAAGUCUCGCGGGGAAAUGACCAGGAAGAAAGAUUUGAUGGAUGAAGAUGAUCUUAUUGAAAGAGAGUUGGAAGAUGGAGUUGAAUUGGCUGUCGAGGAUGAGAAAAUCAAGCGAGAAAGGAGGCAGAGCUGGUCAAAGAGUUACAACCCAGACCAUGGUAAGGAACAUGGAGAAAUCAUUGAUGGAAACCAUGUGGGCAUGAAGGGGCAUCCAUCAAGGGGACAUGAAGUUGAAAAUGCUGAGGAAGGGGAAAUGCUAGAUGAUUCUUCUCCAAGGUUAAACAGUCGAAAGAGGAAAGCUAGUCCUCUGGAUAGGCAAUCAGAGGGAAGAAAACGACAUGAUUAUGGUUCAAAUUACAAUCAUGAUGCAGUCGAAGAUGGACACAAGAUGGCUCGGAGUAGUUACAGUGAUAGAGAGCACAGAAGGCAUGCACAAGAGAAUCAUUAGCGAGAUAGCACUGUAUUGUAUUUUCUAAUUUGUCAGUCUGAAGUUUUUUGGAUGGUGAUAACUGGCAAAUGGCGUAUGAUUUUACUGGACUGAGGGGCUUGGCUUUACAUAUAGUCAGUAUGAUCUCUGGAGUUGGACAAACAUGCUAAAGUGUAAGUAAAUCAGUUAUAUUAUGGAGUUGUCUUUCACCAUAAAAGAAUAGUAAGAUAUGAGGAUAGUCGUGUUUCAGCAAGGUGAGGGCUGUGCUGUUUAAAGUCCAACUAAUUAUUAUCUUUUGCAUCAA